UUUUGUCUACUGAUUGCCAGCGUCUGCUGACUGUACGCUUGUUCCUCGUUCUCCGUUCUCCAAUCACGAGGGAGCUUUCUUUAUCUCUUCACUGGUAUUUAAACAGUGGACCUGAAUUUUCAUCCUGGGUUCCUGUAGUUCAGUUGCCGGUAAAACUCAAGAAGUGAGCGCUAUGACUAUUGACGUGUAUCUUGCACCCGCUAGCGGCCCAUGCCGGGCUGUUUUAAUGACUGCCAAAUAUCUUGGAAUAGAUGUCAAUGAAAAAGUUGUCAAUUUGAUGGCAGGGGAACAAUUGAAACCCGAAUAUUUAAAGAUGAAUCCUCAGCAUUGUGUUCCCACUAUUGAUGACAAUGGAUUCUACUUGUGGGAAAGCCGUGCUAUCCUAGCUUAUUUGGCUAACAAGUACGCUCCCGACAAUGCAGUUUACCCAAAAGAUCCAAAGGAAAGGGCCAUCGUUGACAGGUUGCUCUACUUCGAUAUCGGCACGCUCUACAAAGCAGAAGCAGAAUAUCUGUACCCCCAGCUCUUCAAAGGCGAGUCUGCCGAUCCCGAGAAAGCUGAAGGUUUCAAGAAGGCCUUGAAUUUGUUGGAAGGAUUUCUUACUAAGACUGCUUACGUUGCUGGCGACAACAUUACUCUUGCUGAUUUCUCAAUCAUUGCAAGUCUUUCAUUUGCUGAGGCUGCUGAUUACAGUUACGCUGAUUAUCCCAAAAUCACUGCCUGGAUGGAGAAAUUGAAAUCUGAAAUUCCAUCUUAUAAAGAAAUUAACGAAGUUCCUCUUCAGCAGUUCAAAGAAUUCUUGAAAUCCAAGAAGUAAUUCUACCACAAAUCUCAUCAUUCCUGCAGAUGCACCGAUCAAUUAAAUAUGCAAUCAACUUUCUACAAUCUUAGAUAGAAUCUUCGCUUGUUACAUCCUGCAUUACAUUAUUAAUAAAAUGAUUUUUUUGUCUAUAAA